AUGACAACCACCAUUCAACCCUCUCGUCCCUCCCUCUCCUCCAACGAUUCAGCCGUCCUCCAAGCUCUCUUUGACGCUGAAUCCUCUCCCUCCGGCAUCACCAUCGAUCCCUCCCUCUCGCCAUUUCCUCAACCCUUAAAUAUCACACCCGCAGACCACGAAGUCCUCAAAGCCCGCGAGUUAACCAUCAUCCAACGCCUCCAAUCCGACAAUGUCUCCAUCGAAACGAUCAAAUCUGCAAUCCAAGAUCUGGGCGCCCUCAUAGCCGAAAAUCCAUCUUACCCAUCUGCCUAUGUUAACCGGGCCCAGACCAUCCGCAUGUUGAUUGAAAAGAGCUCGAGCACCAACUCAAACAAUAACUCCGGUGAAGAUGAUGCUCUACUCGACCCUAUAAACAACGACUCCGUGUCUCGAUUAUUCUCCGAUCUAGGACAGGCAAUCUCCCUAUCCACGCCUUCGUCACCGGCUGACCCCGUCUCGCCGGCCCAGGCACGAAUCCUGGCGGAUGCGCACACGCAUCGCGGGUAUCUGCUUCUGAAAGCGACGAGGGUGAAGAAGGAUCUACUACAAAAGGGUGAGGAGAUGGUUGGGGGCCCAGAGCGGUUGCGUGGAUUAGGACCGGAUGAGCUGGAGGAAAUGGCGAGUCGGGACUUUUUCUUUGGAGGGAGAUAUGGGAAUAAGGUUGCGCAGCAGUUGGCUGUUCAGACGAAUCCGUAUGCGAAGAUGUGUGGUGCUAUUGUGAAGGAGGCGAUGAAGAAGGAGAUGGAGGGGUGA